AGACGCAAGCCAUGAAAACCAAGAAAACACUGGGUGUUUGUGGCACAUGGCAGUGCAGUAGCCUUUCCACUGACUGUCUGACGAGCUUUCCUCGUCAGACACUCAAAGUUUCCUUCCCCUUUUAACUUCAUGCCAACUUUAAGUUUUAGAAACUCCUCCUUUCUUUUCUCUUUUUGGGCUCAUUUGUAUAAAUGCUGAAUUUCAGCACUCAGUGUAUCCUGAAGGAGCAACAAGAAAGGAGUUGUAAGCUAAGUCUGGCACAUUAAGUCCUGCUUUCUUUAUUUUAUAAAACACACUGAAACCAAAUGAGUGGCUAAAUAAUAAUGUUGGAAUGGGCGUGCUCUUUUCUGUUCUGUUCUACUGCGUCUUAAGUUAGGUUAAAGGAACAUUUUGGAGCCGUUCCCUUGUUCUUUCUUUCCUAGGCCUUUGCCUCUUACACCUUCCCCACCCAGUUCUCUUCUGGCCACCCUGCGUUUUUUUAUGAUAUGACAUCAAACCACAAUGCAUUGCACUGUUUGUAGUUUACCCAAGGUCUCCAUGGCAAUAAAAACCGGCUCGGCCCCUUAUUCAAAUUGAACCGGAAACCAAGAUCAUUUUGGGCCAAUCUCUGCGCUCUGGAGUGACAUAAUGGAAUUUUUGGGGGUAGAACGCAAGCGAGGUCUGGCGCUGCGCAUAACAGACGUGCCAUCGGGAAAAGACAAUGUCAUAGGCGCGCAGAAGAGACACAGCAGAACCCCCUAGGCGCAACACCUGAAGUUCUGGGCUGACUGAGACUGCGCACACGGAGCACCCGGAGGAACUGUCAGGGGCGUCUUUUUCCUCCUGUUUGGAUGAAGCGACCCACAGCCCCUCAUGUGAGGGUGUAGAAUGGAAACGACCCUUUACCCGGUGAACAGCAUCAAGAGCACGAUGAUGAAGAAGGAGAUCAGCCUGAGCCAGGAGGACCAGAACUCAGAGCUGAAACCGAACUCUCUCCGGGACACGGGCGGAAUUAUAAACUCGCAGGAUUUAGGACUCCUAAAACUAGCCUCUCCGGACCUCGAGCGCCUGAUUAUCCAGUCUCACCCCAACUCCCAGUUCAUGUUUCCGAAGUCGGCAAUCGAGGAGCAGGAAUUUGCGGAAGGCUUCGUCAAGGCGCUUGAGGACCUUCACAAGCAGAACCAGCUGAGCGACGCGGGCUGCGUCUCCGUGGACAGACUGGAGCUCCUCGGACCCCCCAGCAGCGCCGGAUCCGCCGCGCUCCAGGCACCGGACCUCCCCGUCUACACCACCCUGAACGGCUAUGCCGCGGCUCCGCUGGGCGCCACCGCCAUCAACUACUCCACGGACACCCUUCCCUUCCCGCCGCCGACCAGCGCGCAGCAGCAAGCGGCGGCGCUGGCGCGGCUCCAGCAGUCCGCCAGCGCGCUGAAGGACGAACCACAGACGGUGCCGGACAUGCAGAGCUGCGGGGACAGCCCUCCGCUGUCCCCCAUCGACAUGGACAACCAGGAGCGCAUCAAGGCGGAGCGGAAAAAGCUGCGGAACAGGAUAGCCGCCUCAAAGUGUCGCAAGAGGAAGCUGGAGAGGAUCUUUAGGCUGGAGGAGAAGGUCAAAACCCUGAAGACGCAGAACACCGAGCUUGCCUCCACAGCCAGCGUGCUGAGGGAGCAAGUGGCCCAGCUCAAGCAGAAGGUGCUGAGCCAUGUCAGCAGCGGAUGCCAGCUUCUACCCAACCAGGUCCAGGCCUACUGAGGUUCUCCGGCAGGAUACUAACCGGAUCGUCCUGUCCUGUCAUAUAACCAACAAUAAAUCUUCUGUAAUUACGAUCUUACCAGAGACUGGAGGCGAGGCCGUUUUAUUGCGCAUGCGCGCUGAUCUCGACAAAGCAAACUUGCGCAGCGACGCUCUGACGUGAGCCAUCACCUGGAAUUGAAACAGGUUUGGAUCACAGACUGUCCGGAUUCAGCCGGAGCUGACGUUGGUCUUGGAUAAAGCCAUGUAGCAGGCCUGUAUCUAAAAAUGGCCUUUAAAAGUGUAGAAGCUGGACAAUCUCAAGCAGAGAGCAAACAGAGCCCAGGGUCUCACCAAGUGCUGUCAUCUACAAUGUAAUAUACUAUCUUACUUGUUUACAAACACUUAGUAAUGAUAACUAUAUUUUAUUUACUGAAACAUAUAGUCUUAUUCCCACUUUCUUUAUUUGGUAAAAAAAAAAAAAAAAGCCCUAUCAUGUGUCUUGUUGAAUAUGUUAACAGUAGCCAUUGUAUUCGUCACUGUUGGGACUGCUGCUCAGCUCUUCAGUCGCCAUACUUUUAUGACUGUAUGAAUGUGUAUGAACUGAGAAAGCCUGUCUUCAUGUGUUGGACUAGUGUCCUUCUGACAUCUAUUAAAUUCACUACAUUAUUUAA